GUAAAAGUGGAUAGAAUUCGCCUACGAAAAGAAAUAGGUAAAAAAAAAAUAUGCCGGAUAUAAAUCAUAUGCAUAUGAAAUAUGAAAUAAGGACCAAUGGGAGAGACAAACUGAAUCACAAGUCCGAUUCGGGUUCGAAUUUCAUAGAUAAUGAUGGUUUUGUAUAUCAUUAUAGACAAAUAAAAUACCUUCCAAAUAUUUUAUCCAAUUGAAAUUUUUAAAAAUGACUUGGUUGAACUUGAAAAUUCAAUCAUUGGAAUUGAAGGAAUUUAAAAAAUAAACAAAACAAUUGAAUUGAAAUUGAAUCGGUUGGAUGGUACCAAGAAAUGGGAGUUAUUACUUACUCCCAUUUCUUAUUUCUUAUUGAAUUAACCGAUCCAUUUUCUUUGUUAUCGAACAUUUAUUUAUAUGUUUUUUUGAGUUAAAAAUUUUUCGAAAAAAAACGGUUUAGUUUCAUUAAUAUGAGAAUCAAUCCGACUACCUCUGGUCCUGAAGUUUCUGCGCUUGAAAAAAAAAAUCAGGGACGUAUCUCCCAAAUAAUUGGGCCGGUACUAGAUGUAGCUUUUCCCCCGGGGAAGAUGCCUAAUAUUUACAACGCUCUUGUAGUUAAGGGUCAAGAUACUGUUGGUCAACAAAUUAACGUGACUUGUGAAGUACAGCAAUUAUUGGGAAAUAAUCGAGUGAGAGCUGUAGCUAUGAGUGCUACAGAUGGUCUAAUGAGAGGAAUGGAAGUGAUUGACACGGGAGCUCCUCUAAGUGUUCCGGUCGGUGGAACAACUCUUGGACGAAUUUUCAAUGUACUUGGAGAGCCUAUUGAUAAUUUAGGUCCUGUAGAUACUCGCACAACAUCUCCUAUUCAUAGAUCUGCGCCCGCCUUUAUACAGUUAGAUACAAAAUUAUCCAUUUUUGAAACAGGAAUUAAAGUAGUAGAUCUUUUAGCUCCUUAUCGUCGUGGAGGAAAAAUAGGACUUUUCGGUGGAGCUGGAGUGGGUAAAACAGUACUUAUUAUGGAAUUGAUCAAUAACAUUGCCAAAGCUCAUGGAGGUGUAUCUGUAUUUGGUGGGGUUGGUGAGCGGACUCGUGAGGGAAAUGAUCUUUAUAUGGAAAUGAAAGAAUCUGGGGUAAUUAACGAAAAAAAUAUUGCGGAAUCCAAAGUAGCUCUCGUAUAUGGUCAAAUGAAUGAACCACCCGGAGCUCGUAUGAGAGUUGGUUUAACUGCCCUAACUAUGGCGGAAUAUUUUCGCGAUGUCAAUGAACAAGAUGUACUUCUAUUUAUCGACAAUAUCUUCCGCUUCGUCCAAGCAGGAUCCGAAGUAUCCGCCUUAUUGGGUCGCAUGCCUUCCGCUGUGGGUUAUCAACCCACCCUUAGUACCGAAAUGGGUUCUUUACAAGAAAGAAUUACUUCUACCAAACAAGGGUCCAUAACAUCUAUUCAAGCUGUUUAUGUACCUGCAGACGAUUUGACCGAUCCUGCCCCUGCCACGACGUUUGCACAUUUAGAUGCUACUACUGUAUUAUCAAGGGGAUUAGCUGCCAAAGGUAUCUAUCCAGCAGUAGAUCCUUUAGAUUCAACAUCAACUAUGCUGCAACCUCGUAUCGUUGGUGAAGAACAUUAUGAAACUGCUAAAAAGGUUAAACAAACUUUACAACGUUACAAGGAACUUCAGGACAUUAUAGCUAUCCUUGGGUUGGACGAAUUAUCCGAAGACGAUCGCUUAACCGUCGCAAGAGCACGAAAAAUAGAGCGUUUCUUAUCACAGCCGUUUUUCGUAGCAGAAGUAUUUACAGGUUCGCCGGGGAAAUAUGUUGGUCUAGCAGAAACAAUUAGAGGGUUUAAAUUGAUUCUUUCUGGAGAAUUAGAUGGUCUUCCCGAACAAUCCUUUUAUUUGGUAGGUAAUAUUGAUGAAGCUACUGCGAAGGCUACGAACUUAGAAAUGGAGAGCAAAUUGAAGAAAUGACUUUAAAUCUUUGUGUAUUAACCCCCAAUCGAAUUGUUUGGGAUUCAGAAGUGAGGGAAAUUAUUUUAUCUACUAAUAGUGGACAAAUUGGAGUAUUACCAAAUCAUGCACCUAUUGCCACAGCUAUAG